AUGCCUGCGUGCGCAGGGAACAAGGGAGGAAGCAGCUAUCUUUCACACAAAGGAGCAAUUAUACGCUAUACCGUAAUAGGUGGCGCCAUGGUCAAGUCCACCGAUCUAGGCCAAAAAGAGGAGCGAAAAGGGGGUCGGAUCCAGCGCGAUGCCCAAUCGAGACGAACAAGGCCUGAUCCGCAGCAGUCGCAGGGAGAUAGGUAA